UUUAUGAGCACUUUAUACAGUGCGCAUUUUUGGGUCAUGUUUAGGUCAUAGGUCAUAUAGGUUGUUUACUAAGUAGUGGGCACGUGCAUACCGAUAUACAACAUAACCUACAAGCAUACAACAUAACCUACAUAACCUUAUAAUGCGCCUGAGCAUUAGUUUGUUGACACUGUGGUAAAAAAUACAGGUUGUUUCAGUGACUCUAACAACAGUUUAACACCUGUAACCGGUAUUAGUACAUUUCUGAACUGCUUUGCAUACACUGCAUGCACUCCUGGGCAAAAAAAAAAAAAAAAAGAGAGAGACAGUCCAAAUCCAAAAUGGCAAAUAUUAAGCUUUUAAUGGUCUUAACAACGAAUGAUUGGUCAGGAAAUGAGCAAGAAUUAAACAAAUGCACUCCUGAGAGCUCCUGUGCCACCAUUUGCUUGUUUACUUUUGCUGAUUGGGGAAAAGCUAGAAACAGGGACAUUCACUCAUAUAGUCUUCAUAUAUGCAAAGGUAAAAAUCAUGCUAAUGAUUAAAAUGUUUGAUGUAAAAUUCAAACUAACACAUGUCUGGGGGUAACAAAAUUUUCCAAAAAUAUCUUCUGGGAUUUUUUUUUUUUUUUUAAAGAUUAGUCAUUAUUUGGUUUUCUGCCACACCUGAUGCAGCCCAUCAAGGGCCUCAAGGCUUAAACAUUUAAAGAAAUCAAAUAGAAAAGCUCUGAUACUAACUUCCUUUAUCUAUCAGUUUAAUUCUUGCUCAUUUCUUCACCAAUGAUUUGUUGUUAAGACGAUUAAAAGCUUAAUAUUUUUGCCAUUUUGUUCUUGGCCAUUUUUUUCUAGUUGUCAGAAGCAUGUUUAGGCCAAACUGCCAAACAUGUUAUGUGGAUCAUCUGUACAUUCUCUCUCUCUCUCUCUCUCUCUUUCUCUCUUUCAUACACUUUUCCUAACCCUCAUUAAUAACGGCACGGCUCGAGCUGUAUUUCCACAUUCCUUCACUCACACGCAGCAGCGCUAUGCAUUUUGCAAUCACUUCACCUGUAGUUUCUGAGAAUGUCUGAUUGUAGAGAACUGAGUCGCUUAAUAAAACAGUCAGAAUAGGAAUAAGGAAACUACACACGUUUGCUUUUUUUUUUUUUUUUUUAACAGGAGUUACAAGCAUGUACCUGUUAUUAGCUGAGGUAUGCCAUAAUUACAUCCUACUUAAAAUGCUCUGCUCUAGACCAUAUGCAGUACUGUGCAAAAGUUUUAAGCACCCUACAUUCUUUUGUACUAUCUUUUUUAAAAAAAAAAAAAAAGUCUUCUGCAUUAGUGUGUCAGUAGAAAAGACGCAACAUCCAUUCCAAACUAAAUAAAUAAAUGCAUUAACAAAUAAACAAACAAAUACACGUUGGGCUACAUAGAAAAGUUUUUGCAUGCCAUGCCUUUAAAGAAAGGAGGAUAUUAAGUAACAGACCGCUUUUCAGAUAACAUUGAGAUUGCGGCUGUCUGGAAUUACCUGCCGAAACAUAAGCAAGUGAGACAGUGAGAAAGUCUACAAAGAGCUAUGGCAAGCUCUCCAAGAUGCCUGAAAUAACUUACCAGCCAAUUUCCUUAAAACUACACCACGGUGUACCUAAGAGAACUGGUGCAAUUUUAAGGGUGGUCACAAUGAAUAUUAAUUUAAUUUAGAUUACACUGAUCACUGCUGAUUGAUAUAUAGAAAGGUUUCAUUUAGUUAUGUUAAAAAGCAUCAUUGCUUCAUGGAUUUUCACUGCAUGUGCCUGAGCCUUUUUUUGUCCAGGACUUGCACUUUAAACAACACAUUUGGGAAUCUAUAUGAUCUAUUUAUGCAUCAUUAUUACUAGUGUAGUUAUUCUUGUGUACCUCAUCCCUGAAGUGAAUAAAGACCUGUAUGACGUCUAGUGUUUUAGCAGGUAAGUUAUAUGCAGAGAUGAGCCGAGCAAAGCCCUAUCAGACAUCUCUGAUUUAUCAGGACAAACCUGUUUGCUUCCCUCAGGCCCUCAGCAGCUAGUACCCACCACGACUGUGGCGCUCUUCUGCGAUACAAGACAGCGGGUGAUGACAGACAGGCUUUCAGGUGCUUGUGCAGACAGAUAACUUCAUUCAGCCUGGGAGUAACCAUAGACUGUAGUCUGUCUCAGCUCCCAUCCUGCAGACCCCCUACCCUGUUUUUUUAUCCCUAACAUUUAGUUAAUCAGUUUGUUAUCAAGAUGUUUGAGUUGGAUUAGGUAGAUUGGCAGAACUUUAAAGCAUAGGGUAAUGCUAAAACUGAUAACCCAUCGCUUAAGUUGAAACCUGCUGUUUGGUGAGAUGGGGGCAUUGGGCAUACCUGUUGUAGACGUUGACGUGUGAACAAGUAGAGCAUAGAAAGUGAAGCAUGCCAAAGAAUAGCCAAAGUCAGUGUGAAGCUGAUGUCCACGGCAGGCAUCCACGAUCUAUUGAAACUGGACUCAGGGUUGCCCCUUUUGUCAGAAGUAAAGUGGGCGGACAGCCGCGCAUCUACCCAAUGGCAGCCCCCGAAUCUGGAGAGAGAGAGAGAGAGAGAGAGAGAGAAAGAGAGAGAGGGAGAAAGAGAGAGAGAGAGAGAGAGACGCUUUUUUCCCUGCCAUCCGAAAAUCCUUAAAACCAUCAUCGUUCCAGUUUGGCAACCACAUGGUAACAGCCUCGCCCGCGGAGACAUGACACACUCGCUCUCCGCGCUCGCUGCUGCUGCUGCUGCUGUUGCGCCGCGUAAAAAGCUCGCGUUGUUCCACGAAGCUGCUCCAAACUGAGGACGGACAGCUUAACGCUCGACCCAGAGGAUAGCAGGAGAUUGCCUUUCUUUCAGUCGGUCUGCAAGCGGCACUUCGCUCAAUGUCACCAUGAUCGUGUUCUCGUCGCGCACUGUGCUGCUGUCAGUCUACUACCCUCAGAUCUUCCUCAUCCUCACCAGCGGCAGCUACCUGGCCCUUUCCUCUGUGGUGGCCCUGGGUGCCAACAUCAUCUGCAAUAAGAUUCCAGGCCUGGCUCCUCGCCAGCGGGCCAUCUGCCAAAGUCGUCCUGACGCCAUCAUUGUAAUAGGCGAGGGGGCUCAGCUGGGCAUCAAUGAGUGUCAGUACCAGUUCCGCUACGGCCGUUGGAAUUGCUCGGCCCUGGGAGAGCGUACUGUCUUUGGCCAGGAACUCCGAGUAGGCAGCAAGGAGGCUGCAUUCACCUAUGCCAUCACAGCUGCCGGAGUGGCCCAUGCAGUGACAGCGGCAUGUAGCCAAGGCAACAUGAGCCACUGUGGCUGCGAUCGUGAGAAACAGGGCUACUACAACCAAGAGGAGGGCUGGAAGUGGGGAGGCUGCUCCGCUGACAUCAAACAUGGCAUCGAGUUCUCCCGGAGGUUUGUGGAUGCCCGGGAGAUUAAAAAAAACGCCCGCCGACUGAUGAACCUGCACAACAAUGAAGCAGGGAGAAAGGUGCUGGAAGAGCGGAUGAAGCUGGAGUGUAAAUGCCAUGGUGUUUCGGGUUCUUGCACCACUAAGACAUGCUGGACCACCCUUCCAAAGUUUAGAGAAAUAGGCUACGUGCUGAAGGACAAGUACAAUAAAGCGGUCCACGUGGAGGUAGUUCGAGCCAGUAGACUACGCCAGCCUACCUUCCUCAAGGUGAAGAAAGUGCAUGGCUAUCAAAAACCCGAGGAGACAGAUUUGGUCUACAUCGAGCGUUCACCUAACUACUGUGAGGAGGAUGCUAAGACAGGCAGCGUGGGGACGCAGGGUCGUUUAUGUAACAGAACAUCACCACAUACAGAUGGCUGUGACCUCAUGUGCUGCGGCCGAGGGUACAACACUCACCAGUACACCAAGGUGUGGCAGUGUAACUGCAAGUUUCAGUGGUGCUGCUUUGUCAAAUGCAACACCUGCAGUGAGAGGACGGAGGUGUUCACCUGCAAAUGAACAAGUGUGUAUUCGAGGACAUGUGAGCUGGGACGAGGACAUGUAGGAACAGUUUGGGUGGAAGACUUGCUGACUAAGAGAGAUAUUAUUUUUUAAAUAUAAAUAUAUAUAAAAAAUAACAGAAACCGAAUGGGAAUUAUACAGUCUUCAGCUCUUCACAGCAUCGUUUUGCACAGCAGAAUGUUUAUAUUUGCUUUCCCAUAGAGGUUAAAUGCUAACCUCCGUAGGUACCAGUCCAGCUUUUUAAUGAGUUUAAACUACCAGAAGCUCAUGCACUGAUGUAUCCAUACUGACUCAAGAAAAAGGACUGCCUGAUGCAUGCCAUGCCCUGGACUAUGCAUGCAUUCUGGGGACUGUAUUUUUUCCAUUUAAUUUGAUGCUGAUAAAUAAAGGACCAAAAGGAGGCUAUGAUCAUUUGGAUAUUAACAGGACCCUUCAGAAAGAAAUCAGAAAGGAUUGGUUAAGGUAACCUCACUUAGAAUAUAGGGCUAAAGAGAGAAGGAACAUUUUAACUCAUGAUCCUAAGCUCUGUAAAGAAGAGAAGACAGUGCAGCCUGAAAAACUGAGUUAUUGCUACAAGAAACCUCCUACUGCCAACUGGAACUUGGUGGGAUAUGUUAGCUGUCCAGUCACACUGGAACUGUAUGUUUGAACACUGAAAUUGUUUAUUUAUGUUAUAGUAUCUUAAAAAAGCAAAGCACUAACGGGUAGAAAUGUCUUAUUUUGUACUAAAUGUAAAUAAACAGAGAAAGAUGGGGGAAAAAGUUUGUAUAAACUCCUGACUGAAAGUGACUGACAGACUUCUCAAGAAAAAGCUCCCAAGUCCUGUGACAAAUUUCUAUUUUCCUAAAAUGAUUUAACCAAUAAUAGUGUAUUGACUUCAGAAACCACUCUUUAGCACAGUUUACAGUUUACAUAUUUAACAUUGGUUCUACUUUGCUGUAGCCUAGCCUUAGUGUGCAGUAAGGUAUGCACUAAAAAUCUGAACAUUCUACUUUUUUUUUUUUUAAAUCUUAGACAAUAGCUAAAAAGCACUCUUUAAAUAUCUUUUCUCAACUUGCUGGAUAUGUUGCUGCACUGAUAUUUUUUCUAUUCUAGAAACUAAAUAAAUUUGCAUUUGACUGACUUUGGGAUUUCAUUGCAGAGAGAGAUUUUUUGUAGCCCAAAUAUGUGACUGCGGUUUGCUUUUAUGGAAAAGUAUUUUAUUUGUAUGUUUAUGUGGAUUAUACUAAUGGCAAUAACUGAAUAGUAACCAUUAACAUCCACUUAAGAGAGAACAAUAAUAUGUGCUGUACACUACAAUACUACAGUAUAUAUCUGGUGGAUUUACAGUAUAUCUUUAGCUAGUAUAGGUUUAUGUAAUGUUUAAUAACAAUCAUAAUACAUAGGUAUAUUUGAGAAUCCAUAACAGAGAGGAUAUCCCACUGAUUUUCCAUCUUUAGCUGUAAUAUAUUGUUUUUUUUCAUUCUGAUGCUUCUAGUCAAGGAAGACCACUUUGUUUCUCUUGUCAAAACCUGCUUUCCACUACCAUGCCUUGAGACCUUAUUUGGGAUUGUUCCCUUAAACAAGGCAAUAAUAUUCAUCAUGCAACAUAUCUAAGCCAAUUCUUGUACACUGAGAAAAGUCCCUUAUUCAGACGUUCCAACCACCUCUAAAUACGACCACUGGCCAUGCGGAUGAAACAUAAAUCGUUAAAAACAUCAUAACACAAUAAAUCUGUCAACUUCCUGACUUGGACCUUAUUUUGUACACACCACAUGGUCAUAAUAACCUGUGGUCAAAUCCCUUGAUUAUGGUAUGCAUGAAACAAAAGUUAAGUUAUCUCUGGCAGAAAAAACAGGAGCCCAUCUCUCAGUGAGUUGUAGGAAGAACCAUGGGAAGGGAGCCCUACCAUUUUAAAGGCGUAGUCCACAAUUUUUAAAUAAAGUGUUGUGUGAAUCUUUGACAGUAUAUAAUUUUUAGGUGUUGCAUAGUUGAAAUGAUUGCUGCAGUGUUGACAUCUAUCUUUCUUAGGAUUCCAGCAGGCACAGGAAAAAAUCCAUUUUAAAUAAGAAAAGGGUUUGGCAGUUUGGCAAAUGAAUAUUUUAAUGAAGUCCCUCAGAAGUUCUUAUAACAACUUUUAUUUUUAAGAAGUCAUAGUGAGUUCCCAGAUCAGUAGGAGUCUCUACUGUGUUAUGUUCAAACAACCAAUCUGUACUGGACAAAGCAUGUGUACAUAGCACCACAUUUAUUUAAGGUAUGUGUACAUAGUACCACAUCCUUUACACCAGCUAUGUCGCAGCUGAGAGGUCAACACCUUUUUUUUUUCUCCACACUAUAUGACACACCUGGGAUUCAAGAAUGGGAUUGCCCCAAUAUAAUCUCCCUCUGAAAUCAUGUUUUGAAGAUUUUUAAUUGAACAUUCAAGUAUAAUUGUUGGCGGCAUCAAAGGGAGUCUUAUCCUUUGUAGACGAUUAAUGUUACUGAUAAGGAUUACAGCAUUUAUUAUGCCUGUAUUCCUGUUUCUGCCCUGAUGCACUGAUACACCAAAAGGAGAAACAUUACAAACAUUUACAGCUGGUAAUGCACACUUAGUAUAAAUGUAAUUGGCUUAAAUACUAAUUCAACUCUUUCAAGAAAUUAUGCAAGUAAUGAGAAUUAAGGAUGCUUGCAGUUAUAUAUUAUAUAUUUUUCCAGGGAUAAUGAUGUUUUAAGGUCAAAGAAUCAGAGGCCCAAAUCCUCAAGAGAUUAAGAUCUAAAACUUUUAAGGUACUCUCUGUCAUUUUAAUUGGAAUGCAAUGAGUUAUAAUCACUUAAACUCAAUAAUUCAUCUAGGCAAAGUUCGUCCAAAGGAUACUUUCUAAAGGAAUAACAAUAGAAGGCAAUAAAGCAUAUCAAACAAUUACCCGUAAAAAAUAAGAGUCAUUUAAGAAAUCUCUCUGUGUCCAUAAUUUAUAUACACACACAAUGUACAUGCAUAUAUAUAUAUUUGGAAUUUGGCAAAGUGUCACUAUUGCCUGCCAGUGGCUCUGGGUCGGUCUGAAAAGCAUUACAGACAAGCAGCAAAGCAGAAGUAAGUGUUUUGUUAGUAGUCUGAACCCUGGUGCCCGGAACCACUUAAGCUCCUGUACUAAACCUGGAUUUGACCAAAAUGAUUCCAUUUGUUUCUGACAAACAUUUUGUCAUUAAAAAUAUGAGAGAGAAAAACAGACCCUGCUGCAUGUGUUCAUUUCUAAAGCACCUAUUGUCGAGUUGUCAGGAUCAUUAUUUGAUCAGGGGUUUUAUUCUGCUAGCUAAUGCCAGUGGUCUUUUAUCUGCAGUGUGGUUUCAGAGCAGGAUUGCAUCGGCCAGGCAGAAAGCUUACAGGGACCCGGGUUUAUUAUUGUUAAUAUUAAUAUUAUUAAUUAAUAUUAAUCUGUUGUAUAUCUAGUUUAUUGUAAUUUUUUUUACCCACCCUAUUGAUAAUGUAGCAUUCACAGUUUUCCAAAAGCAUCAUAAAAUUAGAAGAGAGUGAGUGUUCAACGUCUUUAGUGUUUAUGCUGUGAUACUGUUGGGAAACCUAAGAUGAAUAUGGUUUCUUACUAAUGUAAUACUGAAUAAGUUACUGAUUAAUCAACUGUAGCACAAAGAUUCCCAUUCUGAGUACCUAUUCUGAUUGCUUGCCUUAACACUCUGAUUAAACUGAGAAACUGGGCUCAGAUCCUCAGUUCCUUUUCAACAGCUUCAUGGGUGGUUGGACUAAACAACAAGGGCAAGACAAUCUGUUAACUCCUGCCAGUGGUGUACAAGUGAGACAGUUCUGAUAGGAAACCACAUUAAGAUGUUUAUUCCAGAAUACAUUUAGCAUGGUUGAGUAAGCAGGCAGUAAGCAGGUAAAAUGUGAGUAAUCACGGAGGUCUCUUUUGUGAAGCAUUUCCGACUCCAAUAAAAAUAGCUUAUUUUAAAGUGCAUAAUGAAUAGCCAAAUGGUUGCCAACUAUCACUUAGCUCCUAUAACCAACUCUUGGAGGGCAAGAACAAGGGAGGAAAAUACAAUCCAGAAUCCUCUCUUGAGUCUCAGAGCAGAUGCUAUUGAUAAAAUCCUUGCCUGUUUCCUGGGGUGAUUUGGCUCAUUGGCAUCGAAAGUGUUGCCCAUGGUUUGACCCAUCUGUGCUCUCUCUCAUC